GCGUUUAAUUAAUCAGGAUCCGGACUCUCAUCUGCAUGUAACCCGACCCGUGAUCAAUUUUCCUCCAACCUUCCUUCUACGGAUUCAUGAAUCUUCCUUCGAUUCCAAUAAACCCUAGAAAGAACAAUUUUUGUGAAUCGCCAAGUUCGCAAUGGAGAUUAAAUCAAAGAAACUACUGAUACUAUACGCAACUCAAACUGGAAAUGCAUUGGAUGCGGCCGAGCGUAUUGCUCGAGAAGCUGAGCGCCGAGCCUGCCUCGUAGUCAUUCGUUCGACCGACGAAUAUGAUGCUAGCUUCUUGCCUGAAGAAGACGCUGUAAUUUUUGUUGUUUCUACCACGGGCCAAGGGGAUACUCCAGAUUCCAUGAAGGUAUUUUGGAGGUUUCUUCUACAAAGAAAUCUAGGCAGCCAUUGGUUGGAAGGAGUUCAUUACGCUGUGUUUGGAUUAGGUGAUUCUGGCUACCAGAAAUAUAAUUUUGUUGCAAAGAAGCUUGAUAAAAGACUUUCAGACCUUGGGGCUACAGCUGUCGUUGAGAGAGGUUUGGGAGAUGAUCAGCAUCCUUCAGGGUAUGAAGCUGCUCUGGAUCCUUGGAUGUCAGCAUUGUGGAGUAGGUUGUAUGAGAUCAAACCCAAUUUCUUCCCUGAAGGCCCAAACUUUUUGGUUCCAAAUGUGGAAUUAAUUGACCGACCAAAAUUUCAAGUCACUUACCAUAACAUAGACAAGAUGGAUUCCCAAUUAUCAUCUGCCACAGAUUUUGAAUAUCUUGAGAUGCAAAUUGGAAGGGCUUACUCAAUGUAUGCUGGAAAAGUUUCUCAUGAGAAGUGCAAGCCUGACGCCUUUCUUCAAAUGAUAAAAAAUUUCCCAUUGACCAGGGUGAGUCAUGAAAAAGAUGUACGUCACUUGGAAUUUGAAUUUGUUACACAGGUGGUUCAAUAUGAAAUUGGCGGUGUCCUAGAGGUUCUCCCUUCUCAAAAUCCUGCAGCAGUUGAUUCUUUCAUGCAUCGUUGUAAUUUGGACCCUGAAUCAUUCAUAACUAUCCAUCCUAGGGAAUUGGAAAAUCACCAUCUUGAUAACAAUGUAAAUACUUUGGAGGUGCCCAUUAAAUUAAGAACUUUUGUGGAACUGACAAUGGAUGUUGCAUCUGCUUCCCCUCGGCGCUAUUUCUUUGAGGUUAUGAGCUUCUUUGCAACUGCUGAACAUGAGAAAGAAAGGCUUCAGUAUUUUGCCUCACCUGAAGGAAGAGAUGAUCUUUACCAAUACAACCAGAAGGAACGAAGAACUGUUCUAGAGGUAUUGGAGGAUUUCCCUUCUGUGCAAAUGCCAUUUGAGUGGUUGGUGCAGUUGGUUCCUCCACUGAAAAAAAGGGCUUUCUCCAUUUCUUCUUCCCCUUUGGCUCACCCUGAUCAAGUGCAUUUGACUGUGGAUGUUGUGUCAUGGACAACACCAUUCAAGAGGAAAAGGAGAGGCCUCUGCUCAACAUGGCUAGCCAGUCUCAGUCCUGAACAAAGGAUAUACAUUCCGGUAUGGUUUCAUAAAGGUUUGCUUCCUCCCCCACCACCUUCACUUCCCCUCAUUCUUGUUGGACCGGGAACUGGUUGUGCACCUUUCCGAGGAUUUGUGGAGGAAAGAGCUGCACAGAGUUUGUCCUGUUCAAUUGCUCCAGUUAUUCUCUUCUUUGGUUGCCGAAAUGAGGAGAAUGACUUUCUUUAUAGAGACUUUUGGUUGUCCCAUUCACAAAAUGAUGGGGUGCUUUCAGAAGCCAAGGGUGGUGGGUUUUAUGCUGCCUUCUCGAGAGACCAACCCCAGAAGGUUUAUGUGCAGCAUAAGAUGCAGGAACAAAGCCAGAGGAUUUGGAAUCUGUUGCGUGAGGGAGCAGCAAUCUAUGUUGCAGGCUCUUCAACGAAAAUGCCAUCAGAUGUCAUGUUAGCUUUUGAGGAGAUUAUGUCCAAGGAGAGUGAGGCUCCAAGGGAAUCGGCAGCAAGAUGGCUUAGGUCUUUAGAAAAAGCUGGUAAAUAUCAUGUUGAAGCUUGGUCUUGAGCGCUGCUUAAUUCAUCUAUACUGUGAGUGUACGCAUACAGCAUUUAAACUUUUCUAUUGCAAUUCUUGUCAGCUUCUGAGCGAGUGAGCUGGUGAAAGCAUCCGUCAAAUGUACUAAACUGCCAAAUUGGUCGAUACUAACAAUUUCUUGAUUGAAAAAUAAACCAGACGAAACAUGCUACUAUUUUAGAUUUAA